AACAGGCUGCAAACCACAGAUUCUGUUGUUGGGAAAUAAGUCUGCAGCUGUUGGAGCCUCGUGAACUGUGAGACGUGUGGAUUUUCUCGCUGCAUCAGGAGGAGCAGGUUUUUAGCUCCAGACAAACGGCGUUUUAGCUCCUGAACUUGAACCUGUGAGCUGUGAGCGGUGCAUGAGCACCUGCUUGCACAACACUGCCCCGUGGUGUCAAACAGCAGGGAGUCCUCCUCUGAGCAUGAGGCAGAGCUGAGUUUCUGCUCGUGCUUUGAUCUGUGGCCACCUUUUUAUCUCAUCAUUUAGACUGGAUCACACUGUUCACCAGCAGAGACCCUCCACUGGUGGAGAAGCUGCUGAAACCCAGGUCUCACCUCCAGUCUGAAAACAUGAGGCUUUAAAUACAUUAGUGGUCUUUGUUGACGGACAAAACAAAAGACAAUAAGUGUCAUUAAGGUGACUGACAGGUCAGCAGUACUGAAGGUUGCCAGGUUUGUUUGUGUGUAAACUGCUGCUUUCCAGCGGGUGCUGACGACUUCAGUGUCACAUGACUUGUGUGCUUCCUCUCAGAGCAGCGGAUUCAGGACUGAGGAUGCUUCACACGCUCGGCGCGGCCAUGGCGCUGAGCGGCUGGCUGCUGGUGGUGGCGGCCUGCUGCCUGCCCGCGUGGAAGGUGGCGGCCGUCGGCGCCGCCCGGCCCGGCUGGACGGGCCUGUGGGCGAGCUGCGUGGAGCAGAGCGGCGGCCGCAUGCGGUGCCAGCGCUUGGACUCCGUCCUGGCGCUGCCUCGUGACCUGCAGGCGGCUCGGGGCCUGACCCUGCUGUCGCUGGUGACCGGGCUCUGCGGCGCCGGGGUCUCGGUGCUCGGGGGGCGCUGCGUGCGCUGCGUGGAGAACGAGCGCUCCCGGGCCCAGGCCCGCGUCCUGGCCGGGAGCUUCUUCGCCGUCUCGGGGUGUCUGUGCCUGGUCUCCGUGUCGUGGUCGGCCUACGCCACCGUGGCCGGCGCCGGCGCCGACCCGCUGACGGCGGAGGCCCGGAGCUACGCGCUGGGAGCCGCCCUGUUCAUGGGCUGGGCGGCGGCGGCGCUGCUGCUGGCGGGAGGAGGCCUGCUGUGUGUGAAGUGCCCGCCGAGGCGUGAGCACGCGGCCGGGGUCGUUACGUUCACACCCGUGAGCUCCACCACCUCCAAGGAAGGCGUGUAGAUGACGGCUGCUGGUUGUCCUCAUUUUGUCUGGUCAGAACUACAAAGUUUAGUUGCUGUGUUGUGGACGUGAAUCACAGUUUAUGGACUUUGUGAACUCUAUAAAUAUAUGUUAGAAGCGUCGCACCUCCUCCUUUAUGUAUCACAUCAUUGAUUGUGAAGCCUCCAAAAAUACUUUGUUGUCCGUGUUUGUUUGUUACAGUUGCAUAAAACUAUUAAAGGUGAUGAUACUAUUGAA